AGUGUUUCAGCCAGAUAGUUGAGCAGACACUGCUCUGCUUCCUGUCUGCCUGCUCCGCUCCCCUCUGUGGCUGAGAGAGAAAGAGAAAAAAAAUCCCUGUCUAGGCAUGGGACUCUGGCUGCUGCAGCGCUCGGCAGCUCCUCGCAGGGAAUGACAACAGUUCACAUGGUCAUUAGCUCCAGACUCUGAAGCAGGGAACUACUCCGAGGCAUAGCAGCUGCACCUGGUGUGGCUUAAAGAGAGGCACGACAGAGCUAUACGGGACUCAGCAAAAAACGAGAUCGUUGACAGAAAGUGCCUUGUCAGACAAUAUCCCUACUUGAAGCUGCCUGCGUGCGCCUCCACCACCAAGCCUGCAGCAUUCCCUCCCUUGCUGUGACAGAAGAUAGCUCAUCCUCAGCCCCUGCCCUACCAUCUCAUCUUUACCAGGCUCCGUCGUUGCGCUAGAGAAACCCAAGCGGAAAGAUUUAACUGCAGAGGUUGGGGGAACUGGCCAGCCACUCUGCCAAAACACAGAGUGCUGACUGACUCAUUCGGACAAGUUUAGUCAAUACCCAACCCACCGUCUGCACCCACUUAAUAUUCUCGCCCAAGCAGUGCCAUCACCCUCGAAAUAGCACCAGUUCUCCCCCCUCCCCCCCACUACCACCACAUUUGGACGGUCCGUCAGUCCAGCCUGCCUCUGAGCAUGCCCCUGUUGCCCUGUCAGUGGCCUGCACCUGGGACUAACUGAUUGACGAGCGACAUCUCUUGAUUGACAGCUUCUCUGAUAGCCGCCAUCUCCCAAGCUGCGACCACGGCCGGGUUGCAAGUCCACCAACUCUGCUGCUCUGAAGUCCGCAAGGGCAAACGACUUUCACUGACCCACAUUUUAUUUUUGCUACACUUUUAGUUGUUUUUUUAGCACACUGAAGAGCCAUUAGCGAAUAGCCUUUCCUAAAACAAGUGGCUAGCUCGACCCCACCCCCGGCAUUGCUAUGGCUUUAAAUAUUGCUUCGAUGCGAGACACAAAAUGGCUGACGCUGGAGGUGUGCCGGCAGUUCCAGAGGGGGACAUGUUCGCGGAGUGACGAGGAAUGCAAAUUUGCGCACCCGCCCAAAAGCUGCCAGGUGGAGAAUGGAAGGGUGAUUGCCUGCUUUGACUCGCUAAAGGGCCGAUGCACACGAGAGAACUGCAAAUACCUCCACCCACCGGCCCACCUGAAGACCCAGCUGGAGAUCAACGGCCGCAACAACCUCAUACAACAGAAGACAGCAGCAGCCAUGUUGGCUCAACAGAUGCCAUUCAUGUUCCCUGGCACGACCAUGCAGCCUACCAUGCAGUCGUUUCCUAUUAGCCAGGGCCUGGGCUCCAACCCAGGGCUGAGCUACGCUCCCUACCUGACCCACAUGACCCACAGCAUGGGCAUGAUGCCCACUGAGAUGCUCCAGCCCAGCACCCAGAGCAUCAUUGUCCCCGGCAGCCCUCCCUGCUCCAUGCAGAGCUCCUCCUCCAACCAGAAGCUGCUACGCACGGACAAGCUGGAGGUGUGCCGGGAGUUCCAGCGGGGCAACUGCGCGCGUGGCGAGACGGACUGCCGCUUCGCUCACCCCAGCGACAGCCCUAUGAUUGACACCAGCGACAACACGGUGACCGUGUGCAUGGACUACAUCAAGUCACGCUGCUCCAGGGAGAAGUGCAAGUACUUCCACCCUCCGGCCCACCUGCAGGCCAAGAUCAAGGCUGCGCAGCACCAGGCCAACCAGACGGCUGUGGCCGUGCAAGCCGCUGCCAUGACUCAGUCGACUGCCAAAGCAAUGAAGCGACCCCUCGAGGCAACUGUAGAACUGGCGUUCCCCCACGGUUGCCUGCAGCCCCUACCAAAGAGACCAGCACUUGAGAAGAGCAACGGGGCCAGCUCGCUCUUUCACCCCAGUAUGUUGCACUACCAGCAGGCCUUGGCCAACGCACAGCUGCAGCAGCAGACAGCUUUCUGUGGCUUUCCCACAGGGUCAGUCUUGUGCAUGACUCCUGCUAGCAGCCUUGAUUAUCCUGAAGUAACUCUCAGGAAAGAAAUGGUGUGUCAAGAAGCUGCACUACGAAGCCCAAAACAGCCCUUCUUCUGUACAUACUACCUUCCCCUUCCACUACAGCAACCUGCAUGCUAAGAGUGUAAUACUACCAAUAACCAUAAGACUUGAGUGCUGGUGUAAGAAGAUGCACACAACAAAAAGAUGUAUAUGUAUUGCUAGGAAACUAUUGCCAUGAAAAGGACGACAAAAAAAAUGUACUGAACUACAUACACUUACUUAGUGGAGAGAUGGCGAUGAGUUCAUUUUAACGAUUGUUUUCUCUGUUAAAGUAAUGUAGGUCAUUUUAUAUUUUGUUUUCGAAACGGAACCUCGAUCUGCACAAAUGUUCACCCAUGGAAAACACCUUAUUUGCACUAAAAGAGAACUAGUGCUUAUUGUCAAAAGUGCUUAAUUGUUUUUAGUCACAGAGAAGCCCCUGGUUGCAACUGGCACUCCAGGCCAAGCUAGAGGGAUUGUUUUACUUUUUGUUUGUUUUAAUUAUUUUAAAAAUACAAAUGUUACGGCAGACGACAGGCAUAUGUUUACUCAAUGACUGUUCUCUUAACGAUGGUUUGAACGUGCUCCCCCAUCACCCUUUAAAAUGGCGUGGUAUGCGCUCAAUAUGAACCACUUGCCAACAUUUCAUCUCUGGAAAACCAACGGCUUGCCAAACAAAAGUCAUCGCGACUGACAGAUGGACGGACAGAAGCGAUCGGAGUCGAUCUGCAAGGAAACAGACGUGGAACAGCUUCGUGGCCCACACAUGCAGUCGGGCCUUGUUUUUGUGCACGUUUGAAAAAAUGAACCUAGCAUUUCGAUUUCUUCUCCUUUGUUACAUUUUCAGUUUCUUUUGGAUGGGUGCUGACAUUGGGUUGUGGGAGUAUCUGUGCGUGUGGUUGGUUGGGUGUGAGCCUCAGAGGGGUCGGUGUUGGGGAGAGUUAUACUGGGCAUCAGGGAGUGCUACUAGCCUAUAUGGGCCCUGGUUUGUGUGCCAAGGGUUUAACGAAAGCUUGCGGUUGGCCGAAAGCAUUCGGCGGGAUGGAGCCUCAGCCUGGUGGGCCAAGCCAUGGACGUCUGCCAGCACACUGGAACAGAUAGACUGUGAGUCCACCAGAGGCCCCAGAGUCAAGACCACAGGGGCAAGGCCUUUGGGAGGGUUAGGGGUGGGUCUAGAAGGAGGGAUAAGGGUGGGAUCGGCGAGGGGUGAAACAAGUGCUACGACUCAAAAAAAGGUGCAUUCGACGAUGCUCGUCAUCAUCGUGAGAUGACUUGAAGUUAUUGACUGGAGGGCUAUCUGUGACUGUCAGUCGUCACCCUGCUAUCACCGAGAAUCCUGUUUCUAUUCGAGAAAAACUGUAGAAGUGCCUAAAAAUCCUUUAACUUUAAAACAACAAGCAUCUGGAGAAACGUACUUUAUGUCAAAGAAAAAAUAAGAAUAUAUCAAAGGAUGGUUCAAGUUCCCAAAAGUAUGUUGACCUAUUUAGAGAAAAAAAAAGACAAUUCACUUUUCGUGCACAUGCCAUAGUUAAAGCAGUACCCUAGUGUUAUUGUAAACAUAUAUUUAACACGACAAAAAAUAUAUAUAAACUAACCAAGAUAGCUUGGUAGAAUGUUUGAUAAAUAUUCCAUUAUGUAAUAUUUUGUUCUUACCAUAGGUUUUUAGUAGUUUACAUUGGAAAAAGUGAUUGAGAAUACAGGAAAUUGUGACGUGUGUGUGUAAUAAAUGUAACGUGUCUCUUACUUUUGAGAGUUUAUAUUCAUGGUUGUAGCAGCAAUUAAUUCAAAUUUAUUUCAAUUUGUUUUAUAAUGUUAAGCAUCAAGGUAUGUGUGUCACCAGAACAAUCCAUUAUUUUAUGUCAUGAUAUAGUUUGUGUACGAGCAUUGUUUUAAACCAACCUCCAUGUUAUUACCUAAUUGUUUUAUGAGAUGUAUGUAUUUUGACUCUAAAUCACAUUUCUUGAUACUACACAGCCUAUUAUUUUCCCUGUGUGUAUGUGUGUUCAACAAAAAGGAUCAGAAUCAUGACAUAUUUUCAUGGUGCUUGAUCAACACAGACAAUCCACAACAAGACACCUUUGGUUCAAAAAUAAUAAGGCACUGGUCUUUGAUUUUCUUUAAAAAAAAAUGUCACUUCCACAUUUUCUUCAAAAAAGUUAGUUUUAAUGUAAUUUUUGGUGUGGAAGGUGAUCGAAUAUAUUAUUUUCUAAUUUAUCGUAUUUUACUGUUUUGUCAAAUGAGUCAGAAUGAUGUUAUAUCCUAUUCUAUUUUGAAAUGAAUGUAAUUUAUUGAGCUGUGCAUCCCUACAAGGUCUGGUCUCAUUGGUCAGCCAAUGAGAUGCAGAUCUGGAGCAAGGGGGUGGAGUCUUAAAAAGCCACCAAUAGAAAGCUACUGGAUCUCCCUUGCCUUGUCAUCAACACAGGUCAUCGCAUUACAGUAAUGAGCAAGGCUUUAGAAUUGCUUAUUGUUUAAAAAAAAAGAGAAAAGAAAAUAAGAAAAUGUUAAUUGUAUAGGUGACAUUUUACCCAAAAAAAUAUUUUAAAAUAUGUACUUUUCACUCUAGUAUGAUAGUAUUUCGUAACAAUAUUAAGUUGUUGCUGUGGCAACAUAAAGUUGCAAUUACUAAAGUUCUGUAUUUUUGUAAAUUAUGUAAUCGUUAAGUUGACUUUUUUUCUAGAACACUGCAUACAUCACUAGAUUGUAAAGCAGAUUUCAACAUGUCUUAUUUGUCGUGAUUAUGACAAUUUUCCUUAGCAGCCUCUGUAAAGGUGUAACUUUAACACUUGUGUAAGAUGUAAUAGACACAUUUACCAAUGAUAUUUAGGAUAAAAUUAUAACAAAUGAUCUAUUAAUUGAAAAGUUAAGAUGUACAACUUUUCCCCUGAGAAAGGACCACUGGUUUCAUGCACACCAAUGGAAAAAUAUUUAUGAAUGUAGUUUGUUAGAUUGUUUAUCAUCAGUUAAGGAUUGCACUUCUUCCGGUAAAGUAAAAGUAUUUAAUUAUUACCGAUGCCAAUUUCAUUAGGUAUGGCAAAGUUACUAUACACCAGUAACACAGUCAUUCUGUUUAAUAAUCACUACCAGUUCGUAUCAGAGAAAUAACCUUUGAGCAUCUUGCAUGAAAAACACAAACAUUGUUUUUAUUAAUAAAUGAUAACGUACUGAAUGUUUCUAGUUAUACCGAAAAACACAUUGUCUGCACACGAGACAAAAAUCUGAGUUGUCCUUUAAUGGGGUCCAUGGUUGUGCCCAAGUGAAUGGAAUUGUACUGAGAAAUGUAUUUUAUUGAAAUGAAAUCUGUUGACAUUGACUGACUGAUGGUAAGAGAGAAAUGUAUAAGCACUUGGGUCAGCUGGGCAGACACAGCUUAUCCAAACACUUUGCCUUAUCGAAAGUCCAUCGUGCUUAAGGUUUUAUGUUCCAGAGCUGUUAAGAAACGUUUUUAAAAGGCUGUAAACUGGUCUCUACUGAACAUACUUUUUCGUUUAUUUAUAUAUAUAUAAAAUGCAAAAAAGUAUAUAUAUAUAUAUAUAUAUAUAUAUAAAUAUUGUUUGUUUUUAAUUUUUUUGCGUUUUUGAAAGGUGAAGCCAAAAGGAUCGACUGCUGUACAGAAAGCAGUCUUGUGUCCUAAGCCCCGUUCGAAUACUUUAAUAACACACCCUUCCUUACUUACUUACUGAUCUAACACAAUUUAAUAGGUGUAAGCAAUAGUUCUAUCACAUAGCUUUCCCCAAUCCAGCCAUGUCAGAUUAGGUAUUUCUUCAAGGAUGGGAGGAAGGAACAAUGCAUUUGUUAAAGUAUUGGAACAGGGCCCUAUUCUCUCCUUGUUGAGAGCUUGACGAUGAGGGCUGUGGCCAACAUGCCAUGCUGAAUGGUCCCUAAAAGGACUGCAGCCAGGGUCGUAUUCACUAGGAAGCAAACAUGCCGAAACGGGAAGGGACAAGCUGAACUUGUCCAAUAAGAAACGCUUGUUUUCGUUUUCCGUUGCAAAUCGUUUCGCUACGGUGUGCACUAUUGAAUAUUACCCAGGUAAUGAAUUGAGACUGCUUUGCCAUCAGAAAUGCAGUAUCCCAUCUACUUUGCAAAAAAUAUCUAUAGUGAAAAAGACAAGACCCUCAUUGGAUAAUUAGUUUUGAUGUAACCAUUUUUCUGUUUUCUUUGUGCGUAUAUUUUGUGCUAUUUUAUGUUACUAUAGUCAAAUGUUUUGGUUCCAGCAAGAUAGUGUAAAAUCUAUUGAAAUAAAGAAAGAGAGAAAAAAUGAAA